AUGCAUCCCAAAAAGUAUACCGACCCUGAGAAGGCCAUUUGGUUCAUAAGCGGCGUCUCAUUGCCAGAACCACCCUGGCCUUCAAACUUGCCACUAUCACAAGCAGUCCUAUUCCAUCCUGUCCACACGAGGCGUCUUGGCGAAGAAGACCCAGACGAUGAUAGGCACGGCGACUCGAAACCAGAGGCCCGCAUGUACAAACUUCGCAAGCGCCGUAUCCAGGUGAACCUCAUCAUUCUCUUUCGCUUAGCAACCUUCGCUCAGCACCUGUCCUUCGACCACGACCACUUCUGGGACUUCGUCCGUGAAAACUGGGCAUGCAACACCGGCAUACAUAACACCCAAGAACUCGUGAAUAAAUACGCUACUCGCCGUCUCAUGUACCUCGAUAACCCUAGAGUUAAGAGGCGACACGCUGACCUCUUGACCGACCUCAUCGACCUUUGGAUUGACCGCGAUGGCGACCUUCCUGUCGAGAGGUGGCCGCCAAGUCACGUCAUCAAGAGCGAAUGGAAACGUGUCAAGAGAGCUUGGGAUGACGAGACAAGAGGCAAUUAUUCUUGGCUGGUCUCCAGUGAAAAUCGCCCGUUUCUUGGCUCGUUUCCCAUGCCACUCGAUCCGGGCACUCCCAAUAACUUCAAGAUCAAGGGUGAGGGUUUGCGAUCACGGGGAAGUUUCAGCAACGACUCUGAGAGGCUUUCCGACCGACCGACCCGGAGAAUCGAAGAACGAGAACUAUAUCCACCACAACCACCCGCCAAGGUCGAUGUCGAGGACGGCACCCCCAACGAAUUGCAGACGCCGAGCGGCCCCAAGAUGACAGUCGACGAACUCAUCCAGAGCGAAGGAAAUCCUUCGCAGAAACGAAAGGUGCAACGCAAUCUCGAUGACCCCACGCCCACUAAGCGCCGAUGCGUACCAGACGAUGCGCCGUCUCCCUGGCUGAGAACCCCAAACCCGGACUUUGGCUCGGAGAACAAAUCCCCCGGCAUCGCAUCUGUCGAUAAUCACCAUCAGGAGGAGGCUCAGGCUUCUACUGCCCCCGACCAAGAGAUGGUUGACGCGACAGAUGCACCCCUUACCGACAGAGAGCCAGGCGCACCAGUCGCCGACAUGGAGACAGAGACAACAUCAGCAGCCCGAAAAGAUCCGUCCCAAACAAGUUCAUCUCAUACCCAACCGGCUGAAACGUCUUCUGAGCAGGCGGUGCCGGUCGAGGUCACGGAUUCUGCAAACAACUAUGGAGAGAUCGCUACAAAACACGACAACAUGAUUGGCACUCUGCAAGCUAGAGCCAGCGAGCACAGGGACACCCUUCAACUUCUCGAAGAGAAGACUGCCUCACAUGAGGACAAAAUCGGUUUCCUUGAUGCCCGAGUUACCGCACAUCACAACAAGUUCAAAGGGAUAGAAGCGGAAACUAAUAAACUUCAUCGGAAGAUCGACUCCUGUGAGGCGUUGUCCGAGAAGCAGUGGAGUCUAGUUCGCGCUCUUGAGGAAAGAACUAGCGAGCACGUCACAAUAAUUCGAGAGAUCCAGUCGUCUGGGGCAUUAUCUGAGAAGCAGUUAGAUCUUCUUCAGACCCUAGAAAGAAAUACUAGCGAGCACGCCACGACACUUCAGAAGAUCCAAUCUUCUGGCGCACUGACUGGAGAACAAUUGGAUCUUCUUCACACUCUUGAAAAAAGAACUAGCGAGCACGCCACGAUGCUUCAGGACAUCCAAUCUUCCGGAUCAUUGUCCAGAAAACAUUUGGAUCUGCUCCACACUCUUGAGGCAAAAUCGAGCGAGCACGCGACAAAGGUUGUUUCUCUCGAGGCUGCAACUGGCAAGCAUGGGGCUACACUUCAAUACCUCGAAACAACAGCUACCAAACAGAAGAACGCACUCCGCGCCUUCGAAACAACAUGUGGCAAGCACGAGGUCAAGUUUCAUCAUCUUGAGAAAGCAACCAGCAAGCAGAAAGACACACUUCACUCCCUCAAUUCAAGGGCUGGCGAGAGUGACAAGAAGGUCAAAAACCUCGAAGUCUCCGUCGCUAAACAUGACGAUAUGUUCACGUCCUUCGAGAAGACGGCCAGUAAGCAGAAAAAGGAGGUGGAGUCUUUGGCAGAAACUGUCAGUGAACAAGGAAAGGAACUCAAUGACUUCCGGAAAUCUCACGAGAAAAAGACCAGCGCGCAUGGGCAAGGACUUACCUUGCUCGAAAAAGAGAUGGGAGCCGGCGUGCGGGGCGAUGCCCUCCAGUCGCUUCAAGCCGAGGCCCAGAAAGUUGGCGGCCUGGACUCCCAGGUCAUUUCCCACGACGAACAGAUUCGGUCUUUGCAAGAUGAAGUUGGCCAGCACAAAGGUAUCAUUCAGUCUCUCCAGAGCAAAGCCAGCGAUCUUGAUCAAAACGUCGGCAGACACAAUGGAACACUUGAGUCUCUACAAACCAAAGCCAGCGAUCUCAUUACAAAGGUCCACGGGCACGACGGGAUACUCGAGUCUUUGGAAUCCAAAGCCAUUGGUAUUGAUCACAAGGUCCGCGGGCAUAAUGGGAAACUGGAAUCUCUGAGCUCAAAAGCAGGCGAUCUUGACAACAAGGUCAGCGGCCACAGUGGAAAACUCGAGUCUCUGGAAUCCAAAGCCAUUGAUACUGAUAGCAAGAUCCGUGGGCACGACGGAAAACUUGACACUCUGGAAAAAGAUGCUGUCAAGCAUGGGGAUACCAUCAGAAGUCUUGAAGUCAAGGCUUUUUCUUACAAUGAGAGGAUAGAGUCUAUGGAAAGGACAGCCGAGAAGCAUGGGGGACUAUUCGACUCUAUACAAACCAAGACCAGCAGUCUCGGUGAGAGAUUUGAGGGCUACGAUACGAGGUUCAAGUCCGUUGAAGAAAAGGCCAAAAUCCACGGAAAUCUUAUCGAGUCUCUUCAGACUAAGACCACCGCUUUCGAUGAGAGAUUCGACAAGCACGAUACAAGGUUUAAUUCUGUGGAAGAAACGGCCAAAAAGCACGGAAGACUAUCCGAGUCUCUUCAGUCUAAGACUAGCAGUCUUGAUGCAAAAUUUGGCGGGUACGACACUAAGUUAAAGUCUGUGGAAGAAACAGUCGAAAGGCAUGAGGGACUAUUUGAGUCUCUUCAAUCCAAGACCAGCAGUGUCGAUGCAAGAUUUGGAGGGUACGAUACGAAGUUCAAGUCUAUGGAAGAAACAGUCGAAAACCAGGGCGGACUACUCGGUUCUCUCCAACUCAAGACCAGCAGUCUCGAUGGAAGGCUCGGUGAGCAUGCCGAAAGGGUCACGACGUUGGAGGACAAGACUGGCAAGUAUGGGAAAGAGCUUCACGGUCUUACGGAAACGGUUACUGGCGUCACCAAGACAGCUGGCGAGCAUGCCGAAAUGAUGCAAGAACUGCAGGAUGAAAUGAAGCUCAUCUCAGAGGCCAGCCAACUGUCACGCGACAUGCGAAAAGCCGACCACGAACUGAGCAUCUUCACAGCUUCGAAGUGCGAAACCACCAUGGAGAAGCUCGACAAUAUCACAGAACAGCUAUCGACUCUCAGCAAGGAAAUUGCAGCGUGCCGUCAAGUUGCCGAAGAAACUGGACAACAACAACAAGAACAACAAGUUGAUACCUACCAGGCAGGCCACGAGACACUCAAGGCGCAAUUGAAGUCUGCCUUGGAGUCUGUUGAUUUAUUAAGGCAACAGCAACAAGACCGAAGUCGUAAGCAAGAGAAUCGGAUAAAGACCACGGACAGCCAAGUUAUGCGCUUGAAUACCGACCUCAAAUCUGCAACGAAGACUCUGGAAGGGAUGGAGUACAGGCAACGAGAACAUAUUGAUGAAGUUGACGAUCGGCUAGACACUACUGCCAAAGCCCUUCAGUCGAUAACUGCAGCUGUGCGGUCUCUCGAAAGCCAACAGAGAAGCAACGAGGAGACUAGGGAGAGAUUGGAGACCCGACUAUCCGGCGUUGAAAGUGGCAGCAAGGAUGUGACUAUGUCCGUUCCUGGGGGCAUGGGAUAUCGGUUGACCAGGAUGGAGGAUGCUAUCCAAGCAAACACCGAAUUAAUCGACAACUGCAGGACGCUGGUUGAAGUGAGCAAAACGUCUUUGGGCCAGCAAUUUAGCUCGCUUGAUAACCGACUUCGGCUGCUGGAGCAGAGAUUCAAUCAUCGUAUGGCCGAGCAAGACCAUGCAUCCAAACAACAAGCUAUCAGGAUGGAACGACUAGAAGCCGAGAUGAGGCAGCUAAAGGGGUCAGUCAUCGCCUUGGAACAAGAUAUGGCAAAGCCUCAGCAGUCCCCAGCUGAGGCUUCCAACUUCCAGAUUCAACUUAACACAUUGCGAAAUUCUCUCGCCACUAUUGCGAGACAAAGCACGCUGACUCCCUCUGAACAGCCAAACAAUGCGAUAGCACCAUUGAGGCAGGCUAGCGGAACCCGUCAAUCUUCAAUACAGCCGCGGACAAGCGCAUCAACGACGCCGCAGCCGCCGAUAGUGCGCUAG